CAAAGAGGGAAAGAGAGAGAGACACCAAAAAAACAAAAAAAAACACAAAUUUUUGCCCUACUACUAAAACCCUCUUCUCCUCAUCCCCAAUAUAUGAAUCCAAGAACUCCCCCAAAACCCAGAAGUUAGAAGAAGAAGAAGAUGCUGAAAGGGUGUUGUGGCAGCGGCGGUGGCGAUCAAGAAGCUGCGUUUUUGGGCUCCAAUUCUGAGAAUAAUGGGGUCACCAGCAAAAGAAAAAGAAGACCCGCGGGGACUCCAGAUCCGGAUGCGGAAGUGGUGUCGCUAUCGCCGAAGACGCUGCUGGAGUCGGAUCGGUACGUGUGCGAGAUAUGCAACCAGGGGUUCCAGAGGGAGCAGAAUCUGCAGAUGCACCGGCGGCGCCACAAGGUGCCGUGGAAGCUGCUGAAGAGGCCGGCGGCGGAGGCAGCGGAGGCGGCGAGGAAGAAGGUGUUCGUGUGCCCGGAGCCGAGCUGCCUCCACCACGACCCUUGCCACGCCCUCGGGGACCUCGUCGGGAUCAAGAAGCACUUCCGGAGAAAGCACAGCAACCAGAAGCAGUGGGUCUGCCACAAGUGCUCCAAAGCCUACGCCGUCCACUCUGACUUCAAAGCUCACCUCAAAACUUGUGGCACCCGUGGCCACUCUUGUGACUGCGGUCGUGUCUUUUCCAGAGUGGAGAGCUUCAUAGAGCACCAAGACGCUUGCAAUCUCCGGCAAGUGAGGUCCGACGGCCAGUUGCAGGCGCCGCCGCUGCCGCCGCCAAACUACUACUCACGAUCAAUAUCUUGCGGCGGCGCUUCCACUAGUAGUAAUGAUCAUCAUUAUAAUAGAUUCAACAUGAACAGUACUACUCCACUUCGAGGGUUCCCAAUUUUGUCAAACCCAGAUCGGAACAUCAACAUUAAUUUACCCGACCACCAUGAUCUCGAGCUCCACCUCUCCUCUCCCAGCUCCGCCUUUCUCAAGCUCUCAAUUGUGUCUCGAGGGACGAAAAACUUGAGGUGUUAG